AUGAAUUACUUCAAUACUACUAAGAAUUAGAUUCAAAAGGUAGAAUUAGAGAAGCUGCCAAUAGUCUUAGAUUAUAUGAGGCAAGGGAUGGCGUUAGUAAAUGAGAGAAUGGAAAAGCUACAGGCAUACGUGACAAAGUAAAAGGAUUACUUGAUAGUAGAGACGCCAGUUUAGUGGGCUUAAUCUUUAAAUCAUGUGUUUGUGGAACUUAGAUAUGCUCAUAGGCAUGAUGCCCCAGGCUGUUCUAAUGCAGACGAUGAAUAAAUUGAAUUAACUGAGGAUACUUUAAGUCUUUCUGUGCUGUGCAUGGAGGUGAACACCAAAGUCAAAUAUAUGAUAAAGAUUAAUCUUUGGGAUAAAAUUGAUGUGAAUAAAAGCUCAUAUGAGUAUCAGGCUGUGGGGAGAUAGCAUUUUACCUUGGCUAAAUUAAAUGCUCCAGCAAGAUGGAGAACCCUCUAUUAAGAAGUAAAUGAGACUUAACAAGCACUAGAUAAAAUUACAAGGAAUAGUGGGAAACCAUUUCAAAUCAGGCUUUGGCUUCAAAGACAUGAGAAACACGUGCAAUAAUUAUGGGAAUUUGAAGGUGAUGCCAUAGAUGAUUACGAGGGUCACCAGUGGAUGGAGGAAAAAAAUGAGGAAUAUGAGGACUAUAUUCAUAAAAAGUCUUUGUCAAAGAAAGGCCCUAUACCUCUAAAGAAGAAGAAAAAGAAUAAGAGCAAGAAAAGUAAGAAGUGA